CCUAUUCAAUCAACAACAUCAUCAUCGACGACGAAUACUAUUCAGCCCUCAAAUUCAUCAAUAAUGAAAAAAUAUUACCGUAAAAUUGAAACACGUACUGUGGAACAUCAAUCGUCAGCGGCAACAGUACCAGCAAAUGCUGCAGCAAUUUCAGCAGCAAAAGUUACAACAGCAACAACGUCCAAUAUUAUACAUCAGCAUGAUCCUAGAACAAAUUUUUAUCAUCAUAAUACUAAUGCUAUUGCACCACCAAAUGGUAUGAUGACAUUUUCAUCAUUAUCACCAUAUAAUGCCGUCGUUGGUGGUGGUGGUGGUGGUGGUAGUUAUAUGAAUCCAUCACUAAUUAAACCAUACAAUCCUCAUUCAACAUUGAUGCCAACAACAAGCAAUCAGCCAAUCGGUUCAAAUCAUACACAUUCAACACCUUAUUCAUACCCAUUUUCAUUAUCACAAUCAUAUGGUCUUUAUAAUCCGGCCACUGUUUCAACGGUACCAUUUCAAUUAAUACCAUUUGGAAAUAGUGGUCACGUUUUGGAACAACCAACACCGUUAACAGGUGGUCAUCCAUUCAUAUCACCACAACCAUUCAUAGCUGCACCACCACCGACAAUCUAUCCAUAUAUCAAUCCAUCAUUUACACCAGCAGCCACACCGAUUUCGGCUAUUGGACAAUUUUUUCAACUCCCAACUGCCACCUUACACCAGCCAGCAACAGCAACAGCUAGUCCAUUUUUGGGUGUGCAUUAUUUAGCUGGAUCAAAUUCAAUCGGUGUAGCUUUACCACCAAGACAUUCAACACAACCAUCUAGUUGUCAUUAUCAACCUCCACCGACAAUUCCAUCAUCAUCUUCAACAUCAAACCAAUCAUAUCUGAAUGUAUUUACGGGUAGUAGGUGUACGCCUUCAUCAUCAUCUUCAUUAUCCUCAAACAUAACCAAUAAUCAAAGUGAUCGAAUUAUUUAUCCAGUAUCGAUUCAUCAUCAAUCUGGUCAAUCACCAUCAUCAUCAUCUACAUCGACAUCAUUAACUGUUGAUACAACGAAUACGUCCAUGAACACAACACGCCCUUCAUUGAUCGCUCAUCAAUCACAACCGCAGAUUAUCAAUCUAAAUGGUGCGACUAAUACUGGAUCAAUACCAUCGGCUUUAAAUUCAAUUCCGAAUGUCAUACCUUAUGGAUUUUUUCGUCCACAAUCAUCAUCAACGAUAUCGAUACCAGUAUCAACAUCAUCAUCAUCUACUGCUACUCCAAUAUCCUCAUCGAUUCGUCCAUCUACAUUGAAUUUUCUAAAUUCAAAUUUCAUACCGCCACAACAACAGACUCCAACAUUUUUUGUUCAUACACGUAUACAACCACCGAAUCUUUCAUCAUUAAAAUCAACGAUAACAAUGAAUUCUAUAAAAAAGAAACCAAUGAUGAUGAAAUCAAAAUCAAAAACAUUGAAAAAUACAAAAAAUAAUCAACGUAAGAAUGCAUCAACAAACGGUGUUGUCGAUGAAGAUUUAUUAAAACAAUUUGAUGUUGAUAAUAAAAAUGGAAAUGUGAGCGAUGGGAGUUGUCAUACAGGAAGUAUGAUAAUGAUGAAUAAAAAACAAACAAAUAAACAAUUAUUAUCGAUGGAAAAUAGUAGGGGAAAAAAUACAUCAAAUAGUGGUAAAUCGAAAAGAAAAACUAAUUUGAAUUCAAAUUCCGAUCAUACCAUCAUGGCGAAUGAUUAUAAUAAUGAAACAACGGUGGUUGCCGUUGGAAGAAAAUUUAAAUCAAAUCUCACAAUUGAAUCAAAUGGAAAAAAUUUAUUAUUGAAAAAUGGUAUUGGUACAAUCGCCACUGCCACUGCAACAGCAUCAUCAUCAUCAUCAUCGUCACCAUAUCCAAAAAGGCGUAAUAAUCUAUUACCAACAACAAGUAUAACAUUGGUUUCAGCAAGUAAUUCGAAAAACAACAGCAGCAAUAAUAAUAAUAGUAAUAGUAAUGAUAAUGAUAGUGGAAUUGAAUCGAAUGAAAUUGUACCGCCACCGAUAACAUCAACAACGACAGAUAAUUGUGAAUUUCGUUGCGUAAUGGGUAAACGAACAAAUAGAAAACCAAUCAUACAUGGUUGGUCAUGGGAAGGUGAACCAAUGGAGAAAAAUAUUUUUAUUAAUAAUGAUGAACAAUCAUAUCGACGUAAAUGUUAUCCAGCAAUUAAACAUAAUGAAGGUGAAAUCAUACGACCUGGUGAUUGUGUAUUGCUUAAAAGUGGUCCAAGAAAAACGGAUCUACCAUUUGUUGCUAAGAUAACAUCAUUAUGGGAAUCACCUGAAAGAGAAAUGAUGAUGAGCUUACUUUGGUAUUAUCGACCUGAACAUACAGAUAUUCAGGAUAUUCCAUUUAUAAUGGGUGAAAUAUAUGCCUCAAGACAUCGUGAUGCAAAUAGUGUUGCCUGUAUCGAUGAUAAAUGUUUUGUACUCACAUACAAUGAAUAUUGUCGUUAUAAACGACAAAAAUGUCGAAAAUUGCAAAUGUUUGCAUUUUUACAACCAGAUUUAACUGCUAUGAUUGUGCCAAAUGGUGAACCAUGGUCCAGUGAUGAAAAUCAAUCAUCGAAUGAUCAAUAUCAACAACAGCAACAAAUAAUAAAUCGUUUUAAUCGUUCAGUAUUACGAGUAGGUGAUAAUAAUCGUAUACCACCAUUGAAUACAUUACCAGAGCUUGUAUUCUGUUGUCGUAAAGUCUAUGAUUUUCGACAGAAACGAAUACUUAAAAAUCCGAGCUAUGAACGAAAUGAACGUAAUAAAUCCAGUGCUUAAUAAACAAACAAUACUACACACACACACACACACACUUAUAAACACACACACACAAAACACAAAUCUAUUCUUAAUCCACCGGGUUUUGAUAAAUAAAAAAAAAUUAAUUUCAACUUAAUUUUGAAACCUCGGAAUAAAUAGUCUUUCGUUUCGUAUUUGUAUAAAAAAAAUGAUGAGAAAACUUUCUCUCGACGCCUCGAAUUUCAUUUCAUCAAAGUAAUUUUA